AUGUCUAAUUCUAUUAUCAGAGUCCAUUGGUUAAACCAAUCUAGAGCAUUCAGAGUAUUAUGGUUGUUGGAUGCUUUGAAACUAGACUUUGAAAUCAUCCCUUACAAAAGAGUCGAUGGCCGUGCUCCAGAUUCAUUGAAGAAAAUCCACCCAUUAGGGAGAUCUCCAAUCGUAGAAAUCGAAGAUAAAAGUACUGGUAAGAAGAAAAUGUUAAUUGAAUCUGGUUACAUCUUCCAAUACAUGUUACAAAAUUUCGAUCACGAUAACGUUUUAAAUAAUACCGACCCUGAUAUGGCAGAAAAGAUUCAAUUUUACCUCCAUUUUGCAGAAGGUUCUAUCCAGCCUCCAUUAUUGAUGGAAUAUAUUUAUCAGCUUGCCGAAAAGUCAUCAUCUUUCCCUAUUUCUUAUUUUGUGCAAAGUGUUGUGAAUAAACUUAGUGAGGCAUAUUCAAGGGGUGAAGUAAAAAAUCAAUUUGACUUUCUGGAAUCUGAAAUUGUGAAAAAUAAAGGUUAUUUAGUUGAUGGGAAGCUAAGUGCUGCCGAUAUCCUAGUAUCUUUCCCUGUUGAAAUGGCGUUCCUUCGUGGCUUUGUUACAUCUGAAAUCUAUCCAAAUACUAAGAAAUGGUUAGAUACUAUUAAAACCACAGAUUCAUAUGCUAUUACUAAGGAAAAGGUCAAGGCUUUUGGUGAAGAAAUGUAG